AAAAGCAACAUGUCACAACAAAAAAUAUCGUAUUGGAUUUUAGAUUUCUAAAUUUUAUUAUAACCAUAAGAGUAUAAAUUAUUGAGAAAUCAAUAAUUAGAUCUGGUUACAUAUAACAAACUUAUUAAAUAUGUCACACAUACUGUAUUGUGGCUUGAGGCGGGGAAAUGAAUACUAAAUAUGCCGUCAGAGACCACUAUAACAAUUUCUAUAAACACCACUAGAGGAAUAAUUUCUGGAAUGAUUGCAACACUAGUGACCCAUCCUUUGGAUGUGCUGAAAAUCCGUCGUCAAAUUUCGCCGAAUCCUCACGGCUCUUUCAGGAGAGCCUGGAGAAUCUACCGUGACGAAGGUUGGAGGUCUUUCUACUGCGGCCUGAGCGCUGGUCUGUGGCGGCAGGUCACCAACACUGCCACCAGGUCGAUGGUAUACGAUAUCCUGCAUGACAGAUAUGUUAAAAUGCAUAAAGUGGAACCGCCAGAGUCGACACUGAUCGUAUUAGGCAUCAUAUCCAGCAUGGCUGGGGGCGUCGUGGGCAAUCCGAGCGAAAUGGUGCUCGUGCGCAGAAUGGCGGAAGGCUGCCACUUCCUCACUUCGGCUGGCCAGCACACGUGCGAGGGCGCGCCGAGGAAGACUUUUGACUCUUUACGUAAAAUUGUUCGCGAGGAAGGCUUCGUGGGGGGCCUCUGGCGAGGUUGCACUUUGACGCUCCUGAGGUCUGCAAUGGUCAGUGUAAUUCACAUAAGUCUCUACGAAUGUUUUAAGCUUCGAGCAUUUCUGGAAGAAAAGAAAUUUGCAAGUGACGAACAUACGCUGGGGCUGUACACUGUGACAUUAGCACAUUUGAUCAGCGCGCUGAUGACACAUCCGGUGGAUAUCGUCAAAUCUUUUUAUCAAUUAUCAAAGAGAAAAGAGGAUAGACCACAUAUGAUAAUGAGGCAUUUAUUAAGGACAAGGGGCAUGAUUGGUCUAUUGAGGGGCUUCCCCCCCUACUUCGUCAGAAUGACAUCUCAUGCAAUCAUCAAGUUUUAUGUCAUGGAAAUAAUUUAGAAUUACAGAAAAUAAGUCAUUUGGCUAUAAAUUUUGUCCAGUAAUAGACAAAGAUUUUCGACUUUUGUUUUUACUUGCGAUGUAAGUAUUUAUAAAACUUCAAAAAAAAAACUGAAACAUGCCUUAUUUUAUGAAAUGUUUCGCUUUCCCAAUUCAAUAUUCAUAAAAAAAUGAAAAUAGACGUUCCAUAGCGUGACGACGUUUCAAGAAAGUCGCUAAUUAUUUAAUCAGAGUUAUAUUUAUGAAAGUAAAUUAUAAAAUAUAAUUAAUAAAUUACAACACAGUUGGCGACUUUCGGUGUUUCAAAAUAUACAAAAGAACUCACGAAAUGACAUCACGCGAAAUAAAAGGAAAUCUUAUUUCAAUGAAUAAACAUUUUGAAAAAUGAGAAAGCGAGGCGUUCUUAAAAUAAAUAAAUAAAAAUAAAACAAAGUAUAAUAAUUAGUGACGUAAAAAUGUAAAAAUAGCAUUAUGUUCAAUUUGUUAUGUUACAUUUUAGAAUUUAUAAUCAAUUUAUUUAUUUAUGAAUUCAAUUGAAUCAAUUUAUCAAUUUAUUUAUUCCAUUCAAUCCAUGGUUUUAUUUCUCUCUUUCUCAUCAUGUUUUUUUCACAGCCAUAAGGUGUCAAGCCCAGAGUCCGCUUUCCUAUACUUUUCUUCCAUCUCACAUGGUCUUCUUCAGACCAUUGAACACAGGGCAGUCGAUGAAAUCUGUCAUUAUAUGAGUCAGUUACGAGUAGGAUACGAACCUGGUAUCUUUCGGUUCACAUGCGUCUAAGCGCUAGACCAACCACGUCUUGGCAUGAGAUUGAAGGCAUGUAUCUAUGCAACCACCGUUUUGGCUAACGAUUCAGUCUGUAGGUAGCCUUACAUACACGGUCGGUCAAUGCAGACGUUGGCCGCCCUUAUGGAGUCUGGGCAACCGAGUUGUGAUUGUCAAAGUAUGAAAAAUUUAAAAUAAUAUAUGAUGUUAUUUAUUUUCCACUUCGGAAUCCUCCACACUGGUGACCCGGUAACCUAGCACGAUGGAUAAAGAAUUUAAACAUGUCGAAGACGACAUACAACGGCAUACCGGAGGAAAUUCCGUGGAGUCGCCAGUACCUUAUAUACCUCAACACAUCAGAGGUAUAUAAGGUAUCUGUACGUGUACCACCAUUUUGGCCUGCAGAGCCGGAAAUAUGGUUUGCGCAGGUGGAAGGCCAAUUCGCAAUUUUGGGAAAUAACAAACGAUGCAACGAAAUUCAAUUACGUAAUUAGUCAGUUGGACAACAAACAUUCAAGGGAAGUCAAGGAUAUUAUAAUUAACCCUCCUAAAACGGAGAAAUACGAAAAGUUAAAAUCUGAACUUGUAAAAAGGCUGACAGCAUCGAACGAGAAUAAGUUGAAACAGUUGUUGACGCAUGAACAACUAGGCGACAGAAAGCAGUCACAGUUCUUGAGCCAUUUGAAUAGCCUCGCUGGAUUGGACGUGCCAGAUGAUUUUUUGCGGACAAUUUGGAUGAGUCGCUUGCCACAUGGAAUUCAGACUGUGCUCGCUGGACAACCAACUUCCACAAAUUUGAAUGAUUUGGCAGAUUUAGCUGACCGCAUAAAUGAUCUGACCUCUACGCUUCCAUGUAUGUCCCUAUCCUCCCGCAGUCCAUCGAGUGAGAUAGAAGUCAGAAGGGAAGUCGCAGAACUCCGUCGACGAUUGGAAGGAGUAAACGCAGGCGGUCGCCGAGCUCAGCGACAAUCCAGAAGGCUGAGUAGAAGCAGGUCGCGGUCAACGCAGCGAUCACAGUCAAACUACAGCAGAUUCCCACUGUGCUGGUACCACGCUAAAUUCGGUGAUAAAGCUUGUGUUAAGCCAUGUGAUCACAAGGCGGGAAACGGCGCGGGCAGUCGCUAAUGGCGACUGACGAUUGCCCGUCUUCCAAUGGUCGCCUAUUUGUAACUGACCGUUCGUCGAAGACACAAUUCCUGGUCGACCUGCAGUGUCUUUUCCAAAGCGGCGUUGCAUGAUAGUCGAGCUAGGACAGACUCUAUCUGCCGCAAACGGGUCGGAAAUAUGUACUUACCGCUAGAUUUUGGUUUACGCCGUACAUACAGGUGGCGUUUCAUUGUAGCUGAUGUAACAAAGCCAAUUAUUGGAGUAGAUUUUUA